AUGUCACCUGAGGACCUCGCCGCCCUGCUCUGUGGGGAAGGGGACGAGCAGCUCUCCCAGCAGGAAUUUCCAGCAGCCACCGCUUUUUACCUGGCUGCCUUCAGCUGCUGUGCCCCCACAGCAGUGCAGAGAGUGAAGGCCACGGGCCACUGCCGGAGAGUGGUGGCCACCCUGGAGGCCUGGUGCAAAGGCGAGGCUCAGAUCCCCAAGAUCCAGAGCAGGAACCUGGCCGUGGUGUCCCUCAGCGUGGGAAUCGCUGCAGUUUUCCUCUCCACCCUGAUCCCCAACAGCGUGGUGGCCUCGGUGUACGAGCUGGAGGCCCUGCUGCGGCGGGGGUGCUCGGAGGAGGUGCUGAGCAAAUGCAAUGUGCUGCUGGAGGAUAAUCCCAGGGAUUCCGUGGAGCUGCUGCUGCUGAGGGCGCUGGCACGGGUGCUGUCAGGGACACAGGUUGGGAAGGGAAUCGUGGAUUAUGUCCGAGCCUUUGCGCUGCAUCGAACGGAGGCAGCGGCCUACGUGCGCAGCAGGCAAAGGGAGCACCUGCCCCAGCUUGUCCAGGCUUUCUCUGAUCACCUCUCCACGUGCCGGGAGGAAAGCCCAGGCUGCAGAACCUCGGAGCAGUGGCUGGGUGACUGCUAUGCCUUCCUGGCUGCGGUGGCACCAGGGCACAGCUGGGUGUGCAGGGUGUGGGCAGCUCACCUCCUGAAAACGGGAGACUUUCAGGAGUGUGUGGCUGUUUGCACCAAGGCCUUUGAGGGCUUCUCAGCUGAGAAUCUCAGAGGUGAGGACGUUGUGGCUCUGCUGCUGGAACGAGCUGCUGGGCAUUUCUUCCUGGGCGGAUGGACGCAGGAAAUGAUGCAGGAUUUAGCAGCAGCCUUUGCAGCAGACCCCGCUCAGGCAAUGAAAUGCUUUGAGGAGCUCUUCUCACCCUGCCAUGUUGAGAAGAUCCAGGAGCAGGCCAGAGCUGCCCUGGAGAGGAGGUUUGCAGCGUACAGGGAGGCUGUGCGUGCUCGAGCUGAGCUCAGGGGCAGUCAUGGCACUGAGCUGCUCCCUCCUAUCAUCCAGACAAUCCAGCUGCUCCUGCACAUCUGCCCAGGGUCCAGCCGGGAGCUCAGUGUCCGGCUGGCAGGCUGUCACCUCCUGCAGGGACACCCUGGGGCCGCCCUGGACAUGUGUGAGCAGCUGCUGGCAGCAGAGCAGAACACUUAUCACAAGACCCUGCUAGCACUGCGAGGCUUCUGCUUCCUCCACGCCCAGGACCACCACGGAGCCCUGCAGGACUUCCAGAGGGUCAUCGAGCACGAUUCCCCACAUCCCAACAGCUGCAUCAAAGCCCUGUGUGGCCGUGGGCUGAUCCGAAUUUCUGGUGGCAGCAAUUACUUGACAGCCCUGGAUUAUAUCACAGCUUGCCAGUUAAAGCUGGAUGAAACCAUCUUUACCAUCAAGUCCUACGUGCCAUGGAACCAGAGGGGAUUGCUGCUGAAGGUUCUCCAGGAGGAAGGACAGAUGAUGCUCCAGAAGAAGAGGUACCCAGGAGGCAGCUCGGUUUCCUUUCAGAGAAAGCUAACAGGGCUGUGCACAUUCCUAACCUUGAAGGUACAUGCCCCUGGGGUUUUCCAGCUGGCUUCUCUCUUGGUGGAGCUGGACAGCUCUGAUGAGACAUCCCAGAUCCUGUAUGCUGAUGCCCUGUACCAGAUGGGCCGUGGGGAAGAAGCCCACAAGAUGCUGUCACUGGCCCUCUCCAGAAACCCCCAGAGGGCUCCUGUGCUGGCCAGGCUGGCCCUGCUGCAGCUCAAGAGGGGCUUUGUGUAUGAAGGCAACCAGCUGCUGAAGAGACUGAUCAGAAUUGGAGACUCCUCCUGCCUCCUGCCAGUCCUGGACAUUUUCCAGGACGAGGACCGCAAGCUGCUGCAGAGCCACUGCCGCUGGCGAGCCCUGGCCAUCCUGAAGGGCAAACAGGAGGGUGCUGCCAUCAAAGAGGCCAUUGCCCACCUGUCCUUUGCCAUCCUUGCUGCAGGUGGUUAUGCUGAGGAUUGCCUCCUCACCAGGGCACGAUGCUACGGCCACCUGGGCCAGAUGAAAACUGCAAUUUUUGAUUUUAAUGCUGUCCUGAAGGAGGACCCCAGGAAUGUUCAAGCUCUGAGCGGCCGAGGGUUUGUUCACCUCGCUCUGAGGCAGCAGAAGGAGGCAGUCCAAGAUCUGAUCUCAGCACUGAAGGUGGAAGCAGGAGCAGUGAUCCCAGCAAUCCUGUCCUUGAAGCCUGAAGCCCAAGAGUUGGUCACUGGGUGGCUCCUCCAGCAUGGCAGGGCCAUUCUCACCGAGCUCGUGGCCACCAAAGACCUCCAAGGAGAAGAAACCCUCGGGGACCUUCUCGUGAUGGCAAAAGCACUGACCAAAAUCUGCAUGGCUGCACAACAUCACAUCUUCUACACUGAUGUUUUGAUGGCAAAAGGAAGGCACCAAGAGGCCCUCAAGCACCUGCAGGAAGCCUUUGGCCACCGUCCUGCUGAGGACUUUGCCAUGGCUCGUUUGGCUGUGCUGCAGCUGCAGAGCAGGAACGUGGCAGGGGCAGCUGCCCCGCUCAGUGCCCUGGCCAGGAGGGAUGAAAAGGACUUGGCCUUUCUCCUGAACUUUGUAGACACCAAGCAACAGCAGCAUCUCGCUCAGGCAGCAGCCCAGGAAGGGAAGGUGCUGAUGAGAAGCCAUCACCACGAGCAGGCUCUGGGCUAUCACAGCCUGGCUGUGCUGGCCAGCAGGGACAGCCCCAGGUACCUGCGGCGCAGAGCUGCCUGCCUGAUGCACCUGAAAAAAUAUGAGAAAGCUCUGCAAGACAUGGAAAAAGUGAUCCAGGGGCAUAGGUGUAACAGCCCAAAAACACAGGAGGAGGCAGCAGUGCAGCACUACAUGGAGGCCCUGCAGCUGGACGAGCCCCUGGCCCUGGGCACCAUCACUAACUGCCCUGGCAGGGAAUCUUUAACCAAAACAUUUCACAAAAUUGCACAACAUAACUUUGAAAAGCAGCGCUACGAAGAGGCCUGGAAAAUCACAGACUAUGGGCUUAAAAUUGAUAAAAGUUCUGAGCUCCAGAAGCUGAAAGCUGCAAGAAUGAGGGAAAAUGAGAAAGAUGAGAAGUUGAUGAUAAAUAUGCAACAGACAUUACACUGA